GCAGUCCUGAAGGCUGCUAAAUUGUGAUUGUAUGUGUGUAUGUUUGCCCCUCUCUUGAUUCCUUUCUCUCCCCUCCUGGAGCCUGACAAAAAGCUGAAAGACUGCAUGACAUCACAUGUCAGAGAUUCCUCGUGGAGAGAAAAACACAACUCCUCCUGCAGCUCGUUUCAAAAGGCACUGGGAGGCUUGGUCUGUCCACGUCAAGCAAAGAGAGAGAGGAGGCAGGCAGAGUGCAGUUCAGUCGCCAGGCUGCACAGAUCUCUCAACUUUUCCAGCAGCGAAGAGGAAGAGAAGGAAUAAAACUUCUUGGGUUAUUCCGAGCCAGCAGUGCUACAGUGAUCAGAAGUGCCUGGGCAUUGGAGAAGCAAAAGACCCGGAGAGGGAGAGAAGGAGAGAGGCAUCACUGUUGUGGACUGGAGGGAGUGGUGCUGUGAAUUAGCCAAGAAUUAGCAUCCAGAGCAGUUUAGCAUUACAGGAAGAGAAGCCGAUGCUCCGGCUGGAAGAAUCGCAGUAUGGAAGAAGUGCCGGCAACUCUGCCCUGGCAACUCUCUCCCUGAACUGCUGCUUCUCCUCUGACUCAGGUAACAAUGGGGGGCCUCUGAUCCGUGGACCCUCGGGCACAUGUGAAACUGAGAAGGUGGGCCCCACACCCCACCUGGACCUGUAGGGCCACUCCUUCUAAAUGAUCAUGGCUACCAUGGGCGGUCAUGACGGCUACAAUAUCCAAGCCACCGCCGCCAUUGCAGCUGUCACCACCUUCCUCAUCAUCUUCACCAUCUUUGGCAACAUUCUGGUGAUCAUUGCUGUGCUGACCAGCAGGUCUCUGAAAGCCCCACAGAACCUUUUCCUGGUGUCCCUUGCGGCCGCAGACAUCCUAGUGGCCACCCUCAUCAUCCCCUUCUCUCUUGCCAAUGAGUUGAUGGGCUACUGGUAUUUCAGCAGGACAUGGUGUAAAGCCUACCUGGCCUUGGAUGUUCUCUUCUGCACAGCCUCCAUCGUGCAUCUCUGUGCCAUCAGUCUGGACCGGUACUGGUCGGUGAGCAGAGCCAUUGAGUACAACUCCAAGAGGACGCCUCGGAGAAUCAAGUGCACCAUCCUUGUGGUGUGGCUGAUUGCGGCUGUCAUCUCCUUGCCUCCGCUGGUCCUCAAUGAAAACCCCAACAAUGCCAAAGAGGAUGCAAGGAGGUGUGAGCUGAAUGAGGAGCCCUGGUACAUCCUCUCCUCCAGCACCUGCUCUUUCUUUGCCCCCUGCGUCAUUAUGAUCUUGGUGUAUAUUCGGAUCUACUUCAUAGCCAAGCGUCGAAACAAGCAGAGGACUCAAGCUAAGAAGCCCAAGACAAAGGCAGAAGAAGGAGUGCCCCAAAUCAUCGCCGUUCCAUCUGUCGAAACCUCUCCCAAGCAGGACCAAUCCAAGCCUCAGGGAGAAGGGGAGCCAAAUGGACAUCAGGUACCCACUCAGGAAAGUGACCAACCAGAGACCCAUUGCCUCUCUACUGAGAAGUUUUCUCUUGUAAGCCAGGAGGAGAAAGACCCAGAGCCAGCAACUGCCACCAGCCCUUCUCAGUCCCUGCCUGAGAAGAAGCCAUCAUCUUCAGAGUGCUUUCCCCCCAGCAGCAUCAAGCGGGGCAAUGGACCCCCCCAGAGCUCCCCUCAGGGCAUGGACACCUUGGCCACUGCGAGAGGGGAGGUCCUGCUGGUGAGGAGGGUGAAGACCCUCAGUGCCAACCCCUGGAAGAGGAAGACACACCUCAACCGGGAGAAGAGGUUCACCUUUGUCCUGGCUGUGGUGAUCGGGGUCUUUGUCAUCUGUUGGUUCCCUUUCUUCUUCCUCUACAGCCUCCGGGCCAUCUGUCCCCCAGAGCACUGUCCAAUCCCAGAUAGCACCUUUAAGUUUUUCUUCUGGAUUGGCUACUGCAACAGCUCCUUGAACCCUGUCAUAUAUACCAUCUUCAAUCAGGACUUCCGUAAGGCUUUUAGGAAGAUUCUCUGCAGGCAGUGGACUCAGACUGCCUGGUAAGAGAGGCUGCGUGAGGGCAAGCAAGCAAGCAAUUCAGAGUGCGUGGGGACCCUUGUGGAAACGGAACUCAUCAUGCUAUUUAAACUAAACAAGGAAAACUAUAUUUAUUUGUUGGCUUUUGUGUUUGUAGAAAGGGGAGUGAGGUGAGUGCUGGAUAGAAACUGGCUUUUCAGGCAGUCGAUUUUAGUUCAGCUAUCUCUGUCUGUGUGUGUAUAAUGCAGACCCACACCCAUAUGUUCCGCCAACAUAUAUUUUUUCACCAAAAGAUUAUGUGCCAAUGCGAAAUAUCUUCUGAUUAGUUGGGUCAAAGGAACCUUUUUUUCCCUAAACCCUGUGGCUGAAUGAGAGUGGGCUCAAGGGUUGCCAGCUUUGCAAACUAUCCCUGUUGCUGUGCCUUUAACAGCCGCUUGAUCUGCAGGGAUUAGCCGGUAAUAAUGUUUUUGUCUCCCUGCUGCAAAAAGCUUCCUGUGCGAUUCCUGCAGACCAAGAUGCUGUCAAGGCAAAGGAGCAACCCUGGCAAAUUUCCUCGCCUCCUGACCACUUGGCAGCCUCCUGUGCCAUCUAGGAAUGUUCCUCCUGCCCUAUGAGGAAAGUGGUCAACGAACUUUGGAGAAGCACUUCCCUUUCCUGCUGCCAAUGACUUGCAGCCAUCUGUCCGUUCUGUCACUGGUUCUCUCUCCUUGACCUUUCUGGAGACACGAACAAGCUGAAGAACUUGGAAUUGGUUCCUCAUUUUGAGGAUCUGAGCCUAAAGAUUCCCGAGCAAGAGAAGAAAAACACCCAUUUUUGUUAGCUGGAGAGUACACGGAGUCCUGUUCACAGAGCAUCUUUCUCACUUGGGAAAAGUUCCAGGGUUACUGUGUGUGUAGCAGAGGGCAUGUGAAAGGGAGCGGCAAUGUUACUAAUGACACACAUAUUUAUUAACACGCCUGCCCUUUUGCAAUCCCACUGAAUCUGGUGCAAGAGACUGUGUGUGCAGGAUCAAGUCUCCCGUCCCCAUCCUGCCCUCAAGGGUCACAGCUACUGUGCUUGCCAGGGAAUUUGAACUCUGUCUAGCAGCCUCAUCUGCCUUCUUCUGUGCUCCCCAUUCGUCACUUCACUCUCCAGCCUGUCUCCGCCCUCCCCAUAUCUCCUCCUUCGCUUAUAUGUUCCCAUAUCAGUGCCACAGGUGGACAUAGGAACAGAUACAAACUACAGGUGAAAAGAAAAAGAAGCAGUAAUGAAACUCUUUAUAUCUCAGCAUUCGCUCAUCUUGUUGGGUCUUGGCCUGUGCCAAGUGGCCAGGGGGCAGUGGGGAAUCAUAACCUGUCCCAAAAUAAUCCAGGCUCACUGGGUUAAUAGCCAGGCAUUGAGUGGAGGCCUGGAAAAAUAAUUGAGUAGGUUCAAAUUAUUUCUGUCCAUAAUUGGCAGGGUUCCGCCACUUCUAGAGAUGAAGGAGGGGGGAGUCUUUGGAUGGAAUGUCAUGGUGCUUUGCCAGCAUUUGUCUGCUUCAGACUGCUGCGCAGCGCUAUACUACAGUCAUUGUCUGGAUGUAGCCUUACGGCCAGUGCUGACACUGCAAUCAUUGGACUCAUGUUUUGUUUUAAGAUGCAAAUAGAGGGUUGAGUUAAUUGCAAGCCCUACAACUAAUAGCUAGCCUCUUCUGCAAAUGUUGAAUAGUAUUCAACGGAGAUUUCUCCAUUAGGAUAAAUGGGGCUCUGCCCCACCAGUCUCAGUUUGCCCCAGCGAUCCCCCAUCUGUCUGACUUCGUACUUACAUCUAGUCCAAGGGGAUGGCACUAUCUAUCAGCUUCCUUCUUAGUCUCAGUGUUGCUGCUAAGAAUGAAGGAAGAGCCUGCUGGAUCAAGCCAAUGGCCCGUCUAGUCCAGCAUCCUGUACUCACAGUGGCCCAUCAGAUACCUGUGGGAAACCCACAAGCAGGACCCAAACGCUCUCCCCUUUUGUGGUUAACAGGACUUAGCCAUCAAAUGGCUAGUCGUCAUCUACAGCUCCUGUAGAACUCAGCAGAGAAGAUGGGGGACUUGAAGACCUUGAACUUUGCAGUCCUGGACUGUUUGCAUGGACUUUGUUAAUGGACUGUUGUGAAUUAGAUGGGAAUGGAUAUUUUUCUUGUAUGUUGCUUUGAGGAUUGUAGAGCUAAUUUGUGAAGCCUGGACUUUCUUGAUCUGCUUAAAUUGUGAAGGCAGUAGAACUCCAUUGCAGAUCUCGUGUGUAAGGGCAUGAAAAUCAAAAGUUCCAAACUGAGCCUGUAAUCCUGGAGGGGCAAAGCAUGUGAUUGCCUGGUUCCCUGUAACUUCACUUCUUGCAAUGUGGGAACCACCAGAAGGCCCUCAGAGCUGGACCCUAUGUCUAGGUUGAACCAUAGGAGUGGAGACGCUCCUUCAAGUAUACAGGGCAGAGGCUGUUUAUGGCUUAAAGGUCAGCAUCAACAGUUUGAACUGUGCUCAGAAACAUACUGGGAGCCAAUGUUGGUCUUUCAGGAAUGCUUUUAUAUGGUCCCUUCUGGAUUAGUUGUAGUUUCUGAAUCUCCUUCAAAGGUAGCCCCAUGUAGAAUACAUUGCAGUAGUCUAAGUGGGAGAUAACCAGGGCAUGUACCAUUCUUGUGAGACAGUGCAGUGUGCAGGCAGGUAGGGUCUCAGCUGGCAUACCAGAUGGAGCUGGUAGACAGCUGCCCUGGACACAGAAUUAAGCCUCUGU